AUAUAUUCAAUUAAACGGGAAGUAUUUUAGGCAUUUAAAAUAGAAAAUAAAUGGUAGGUACUUGAUGAACCAUUAGCAGCAGCUACGGACAAUUUAUACAAAUACUUCUCACCUACGAUCCGUGUUUUGUUUAAAAUUACGUUUAAUGAUGCCACGUUCGCCUAAUGCGCGGAAAUCAGCUACGACGUCCCAAGCUGUUUCUCAUCCAAAACAUGACGGUAAACAUGCAAAAGACCCACCGCCGUCUCUUGGUGCGGACGCCGUGACAGCUCAAGCAACAGACGAACAACUGCCCGACGAGGUCAUGGAGGGUCAUCUCCAAGGCAACAAACUUGUAAACACGGCAUUUACAGGAGACAGCAUGGAGGAAGAAGAGUCGGCACCUGCAAAGAUCCUGUCCUUUGGUACAACCCAGGAAAAGAAGAUUUUCCCUAUUUUCAGUUCCCCCGACUUCAUGGGAAAUGAACGGCCUCCCAUAAGGGGUAAACCAGAGGUUGGGCCUGGCACCUACAAUAAUGAUAUUAUCACUUCAUUUAUUCAUGAGCUACAGAAGAGACCAGAGAGCAAGAAGGGCUACGUCAUUGGAGCUCGAACUGCAAGUCGCUUUCUCCCCACUAUCCAGACAACAACUGUGUCUCCAGUGGAUUACCAGGGUGAUCUACUUCGAGAGCGCACCUUCACACCAGCUUUUGCUCCUUUCAACAUCAAAUCCCGACGAAUCAGCAUAUCAGACCAGAGAAAGUACUGCAAUCCAGGCCCUGGGGCGUAUGAGCAUGAUGUCUCUCGUACCCGGAAAGUAUCCUGGCCUAUGAGGUUUGGGUCCCCUGAUUGGAUGCAAAUUCCAACUCCAGAGCAGAGGACUCUGAAACCUGAGUUUAUAUCUGCUACCCAAUUCAGAAAACACCGGAAUCGGAUUGCCUACCUCAGUCUAUACUACAGCUAGCUAAAUACCAGGGAACAGUAACUCCCUGCUGUGUGCCUAUUCUGAAUAGAAAACACCUCUACCUCAGAGCCCACACCUUUUGAAAAGAACAUCUACACAUUAUUUGUCUUUGAAAACAUAUCCCUUUCACUAAUUAUGCAAUGGUAGUGUCUGUUUGAUAAUGAACUGACUUUGAUUGAUCAUGAACAUUCAGCUCCUAACAACUUAUUGUCACACCAUGUUACAUAUAUUUUUUUUCCCUUUUCGAAGACCAAUUAAUAAUCUUUGUUUGCAUCAACUCUAUGAUGUCUGUUCCUGCUGCUCAAGACAUUAAGUGUUCACACUCUUCAGAAAGGACUCUUGUCAUUAUCUCUUACACUUCAGGUGAGAAGGAUUGCUUAUCCUGUCUUUUUAAUUAAUAUGUGCAUUAAUUAAA